AUGAUUAGGAUUAUAUUAUUUUUAAUUUUUUAUUUUUUUAAGGUUAGUUAUGAAAUUAACUAUAAUAAUAAACAGAAGAUAUGUUAUUAUAUGAAUAUUUUGAAGAAACCAAUUUUUUUUAACUGUUAUAUAUUUAGAGAUAUAAGUAAAAAUGGAUGUGAAUGCUUUAUAAAAGAAAAAGAAAGUAAAAGUUCUAAAUUAUUUUCAUUAAAAGAUGUAUUAAAAAAUUCUCUAAGUGAUAAAGAUAUUAACGAGAUAAAUAGUAUAUUUCCAAUGAUUAAUGAAAAAUUAUUUUUAAAUCGUAAUGGCUUAGAAAAUGUAUCAAAUAGUGAAGUUAAUGAUAUAGAUGAUCUAUUAAUUGAAUUUAAUAAUAAGUAUUUUAAUUUAAAAGAUAUUAAAGUAAAAAUAUUAAGUAGUGAAAAGAAAAAACAAGAUAGCUAUUUUAAUUAUGUAAAAGAUGAAAAUGAUUAUUUAAAAAAAAAAGUUGAAAUAUUACAAAGCAGCCCAUUUAAUAAAACAUGUUUCAAAUCAAUACAAGGAAACAAAUGUAAUAAUUACAAAAAAAAUUAUGAAACUAAUAUUGGUGCUGAUGAAGAAUUAUUUUAUGAAUUAGACGAAACUUUGAAUGAACAGGAAAAUUCAAAUAUUAUAAAAAAUGAUGAAAUAAAACAAAACACAAAUGAAAAAGUAGAAAAUAAUGAAAAUGAUGGAAAAUCAUUUUAUCAUUCUUUAAAGAAAUUUUAUUUAGUUAAUGUUUUGUCGCAAAAUCCUUUAAAAAUUAUGCAUAAAUAUUUAGAAUUUAAAGAAUAUUUAGUAUCUUCUAAAGAUAAAUUAAGGAAUUUUUUUGUUAAAGAAUAUAAUGACACUAUACAAAAAAUCAUUUCUGUUUUAAGUGACGAUUUAGAAAAGAGCAAUAAAACAAAUGAAGAAAAAAAAGAUAAAGGUUUAACUUCAACUAUUUUUGAUACCAUUUUUUCUAUUUUUUAUUUUCCAUAUAAGAAUGUUGAGUUAUAA